UUUGCUUGUUUUUCCUCCUGGUAAUCUAUGUGCUCAAUUCUUUGCUUUUCUUCGUGUUGGUAGCGUUGGUCUGCAUGUAUUUAGGAGUGGGUAUUCAUCUUUUCUUCUCGGUUGUUGUGGAGACGGUCUUCUUUACUUUCUUGGUGACUGUGUUAUGCAUAAAGACUAGAGAGUGAGGCUGAUAGGGUUGGGUCACUCCUUGUUUGUGUGACGCUGUUAUGCGUAGUUGCUGAUAUGACGGAUAUAGAAGGUUUAUUGUUCGAUGGCUAUCCGUACCGUGUUUGGGGCUGUUGCUUUCAUGUCCAUAUAAAUGGAUACCGUGAAAGUGGAAGUAUGGGAUCAACCAAAAACAAGGAUAGCAAAAUGUCUGAUAUGAAUGCCAAGAUGAAGACUGCUGCAAUUGUGAGCAUGGAAAAGGCUAAAGCCGCUGCAGUCUUUGGUGCACAGAAGGUUAAGAGCGGGACCACUUUUGGAAUCAAAUGGGUGAAGACCCAGUACCAGAAGAGGACAUCCAAAUGAUCUGUCACUGAUCUUCAUUCUUUAUCUUUGUGCCUACCAUGUGAUUGGAUUGUUGAAAACACUCUUCUUUGGACGUGAACUUUUUCUUUCUAUGUGGUUUCCCCUUUUCUCUGUAUAUUUUGAAUUUUGUUCAUAACUUUUCGGUUACCUUUAAGUUCUCAGUUUUUUGCCAUUGUUGCUAA